CGUGCACGCGAUUCGAGGGCUCUCAGUCUUUUCAUUCAUCCCGGUGAAGGCUGCGCACAUCAUCAUCAUCGUCUCUCUUCUCCUCUUCAUUUCACCCCCCUCUCGCCAGUGCUGGGAUAUUUUCCCAGCCAGGCUCCAGUCCACCCCCCGCCCCCCCUUUACAGUCGAGGGUGCGCGUGUUCGAGCGGAGGAUCAUGUCCAAGGCGCUGCGCUUCUUGCCUCCGCGGCACACAGCAGAAAUCGGAGCCGCUAGAGGACACGCUUCACUAUAGCGCGCAACAAGAGAGGACUUCAGAGCGUGCGUGUUUAUUCCACGCAGGAAGAGGACUGCCAAGGAACAAUAAAAGUGCUUUUGCUGCGGUUUAAUCCGGGUUGACGGAUUUGUACGGUGCAGGUGCAGCGGUGAAGACAAUCGGCUGGCGGAUGGUUGUCGAAAUUGAAGAGAGGAGUCCUCUCUGCAAGUCUCCAAUGAAGAUGAAGUCUGUGGUGGACGGAGGCUUAUUCACAGAGAGUUAUUGCAACAUCUGCAAUGCCCAGCUCAUCUCCGAGUCUCAGCGCACGGCACACUAUGAGAGCAAGAAACAUGCCAACAAGGUGCGUCUGUUUUAUAUGCUCCACCCAGAGGAUGGAGGACCACCUUCCAAGCGACUCAGGCCGGACAAUCCGGACUGCGACGAGACAGAGGUGGACAAAAACAAAUGCUGCACCUUGUGCAACAUGUUUUUCACUUCAGCCAUCGUGGCUCAGUCCCACUACCAGGGAAAAACCCACGCCAAGAGAGUCCGCCUGGUCCUCGGGGAGACGCCCUGCAGCCCCGCAGCCUUGACCACGCAGCCUACCAACGCAGAUUCCUCCCCUUCAACUCCGCUGCCCUCGGACCCCACGACGUGCCCUCCUCCUCCAUCCGUGUCGGCGGUCAGCGGCAACGCCGGCAAAGAAGCCGGAAAGUACUGUUGCCUGUGCGGCGCCUGGUUCAACAAUCCACUGAUGGCCCAGCAGCACUACGAGGGCAAGAAGCAUCGCAGGAACGCUGCCCGAGCACGCCUGGUGGAGCAGCUCGCGGGGAGCCUGGAUGCCACGGAGAGCACAGGGCUGCGCAGUAGUUACUCCUGCAGCGUCUGCAGCGUGGUCCUCAACUCCAUCGAACAGUACCAUGCACACCUCCAGGGCUCCAAACAUCAGAACAACUUGAAGCAGCAACAGCAGUGCGCCCCUCAAGAAUGAGAUGGAGUUAGCGGACUUCAGAAAUCCUGCCAUAUGUCAGAAACCGAACAGUGUGCCAGAGUGUUUGUGUGUCCGAGACGUCCGUCCGCACAUCUGCAAUAGGCGCACGUGGGUUCUUUCAUUUCUGUGUCCUGAAGCGAUUUCUCUUGAAAUUUACUCUGCACCCAAGUGUUUGACAUGAGUUGUACACCAACAGCCAGCAGAGAAAAGCUACCUGGCUGUGGACUGCCAUAAACAACAACAAUAACAAUGGUGGUAAUAAUAAUAAUAAAAAUAACAAUUCAUCUGAAACAGUCCUGGAUUUUAAUGAUGUCAAUGCCCAGAAUGUUCUUUACAGUUAAGCAUAAAAUAUUUAUACGCUGGCCAAAUGCUACGUUAUUUACUUUUUGAUGAAUGAGUGUCUUUUGGUAAAUAAAUGAAUUGACUUUGUUAACAUUUUAGCCGCAUUGUCAUAAAGGUCCUCGUCUAUAAAUGAUUCCUAGCGUUUCUACGUAGUACAAGCAUAUCCAAUGACCAAAAUGUAUAGUUGAUUGGAAUGCUUUGUUAUUUAGGCAAAUAGUAGUCAGGAACAUCCAUUAGAAA